AUGCCACCCAAGACCACAAAGAAACAGACAUCUAGUGCUGCCAAAGGUGCCGCAAACAGGCGUAGAAAGUCCUCUGUUGGAGCCAUCAACCUGGGGGAUACCUCGGUUCCGGGACUGGGAUCCAGGGGAUCCGAGCAACGCAACAAGAAGUUGGAUGAAGCUCUUUCGAAGAAAGACAAUUCCGACCUCGGAAUCAGUAAGAAAAUAUUCGUUGGAGUGAAGGAGCUAUGUCUGAGACAUGUUUGGUUACCAUUCUUGUUGAUCUUGGUCUCAGUUUGGUCAGCCUAUCUACUUUCUGACAACCAUACCGAGUCAAACCCAUUGCGCAUGUUCAUCGACGUAUCCUACGAGAUCCCAGGAACUGAGCCCAAGAUGUACGGAAAGGGCAAAAAGGAUUUUGCCUUUGUGGCUUUCUAUAUGCUAUUUUUCACGUUUACCAGAGAAUUCACAAUGCAAGUGAUCCUUAGGCCUCUUGCAUACCGCUUUGGAAUCCAAAAAGAGGCCAAAGUCAAGAGAUUCUUGGAGCAGAUGUAUGCGGUGAGUUAUUACAGUUUCACUGGGCCUUUGGGAUUGUACAUCAUGAAACAGACGCCAUUGUGGUUUUUUGAGACUACUGCCUUCUAUGAGAACUUCCCUCAUAAGACUCACGAUCAUCUGUUCAAGGUGUACUACUUGGCCCAGGCUGCUUUCUGGGCCCAGCAAUCUGUAAUUUUGAUUUUCAGAUUGGAAGCUCCAAGAAAAGAUUUCAAGGAACUGGUUUUCCACCAUAUCAUCACUAUAGCCCUUAUCUUCCUGAGUUACAGGUUCCACUUCACCUGGAUGGGACUGGCUGUCUAUAUCACCAUGGACAUAUCCGAUUGGUUUCUGGGACUGUCGAAGUCCUUCAACUACGUAAACGCAAGAAUUACUGGACCUUUCUUUGCUGUCUUCACUGUGGUUUGGUUCUAUCUGCGUCACUACCUCAACAUCAAGAUCCUGUGGUCUGUCUUGACCGAGUUCAGAACAGUUGGUCCCUUCGAGCUCAGUUGGGAAGAUCAACAGUACAAAUGUUGGAUUUCGCAGCCCAUCGUGUUCGUCCUCAUCUUUGCCCUUCAGCUUGUGAAUUUGUUAUGGUUCUUCCUCAUUUUGAGAAUUUUGUACCGUUACGUCGUCCUGCAUGUGGAGGAAGAUGUGCGCAGUGAAUCCGAGUCUGACAACGAAGAAGACGCCAAGAAGCAGAACUAA